AACUAAUGUAUAUUGCAUCUAAUCAAGCACUAAUCAAAAAGGAGAAUCGUUUAAGUGAUUUAGUCCCUUGUGUAAUAUACCUUGUAAAAAUAUCUUUUACAACGCAUAUAUAAAAUUAUUUAAUGAAAUGUAACUCAUUUUAUAUUAAAUAAUUCUAUCCGUUAAUAAUAUAUUCCUUAUUUAAAUUGAAUCUGUAUUAAAAUUAACUUUUACUAAACCAUUAUGUUCUAUUAAUCAAAACAUUUCACGUGUUAACCUAUACAAAAGUCAAAAACAACCAUGUCAUUUGCUGCAUUAAAUUUAAGUUCAUGGCUUGUUCAACAAUGUAAUUUUAUGGGUUUAAAAUGUCCUACACCAAUCCAGAAAAAUUGUAUCCCAAAAAUUCUAGCUGGUGAUGAUUGCAUUGGUUGUGCUAAAACCGGCAGUGGUAAAACACUUGCUUUUGCACUUCCUAUAUUACAAAAAUUAUCUGAGGAUCCAUAUGGCAUAUUUGCACUUGUUCUAACACCAACUAGAGAACUUGCUUUUCAAAUUGCAGACCAAUUUUCGGCAAUAGGAAAAUCUAUUGGUUUAAAAAAAUGUGUAAUUGUUGGUGGAAUGGAUAUGGUUGUACAAGGGCUAGAGUUAUCAAAACAUCCACAUAUAGUUGUUGCAACUCCAGGACGUUUAGCAGAUCACCUUGAAAGUUGUAAUACAUUUUCUUUAAAGCAAAUUAAAUUUUUAGUUUUAGAUGAAGCUGAUAGACUUUUAGAAGGUCACUUUGAUGAUCAGUUAAAAACUAUAUUUGAGGCUUUACCUAAACGGAAGCAAAUGCUUCUUUUUAGUGCAACAAUGACAGAUACCCUUGACAAAGUGAAACACAUAGCAUCCAGUAAGGCUUUUAUAUGGGAAUCUAAAGAUGAGUCUGGUGUAGCAACAGUGAAAGAACUUGAUCAACGUUACAUACUUUGUCCAAGUGAUGUACGUGAUUCCUUUUUAGUAGAAGCAAUUAGAACCUUUAGAGGAAGUAAUAAAGAUGGGUCUAUAAUGAUAUUUACAGAUACUUGCAAGCAUUGUCAAGUAUUAUCCAUGACAUUAAAUGACGUUGGAUUUAAAAAUGUAGCCCUACAUGCAAUGAUAAAACAAAAAGAUCGUCUUGCUGCACUUACUCAAUUUAAGUCCAAUCAUGCAAAAAUUUUAAUAGCUACAGAUGUUGCAGCAAGAGGUUUAGAUAUUCCUACAGUUGAGUUAGUUAUAAAUCAUAUUAUACCAAAUGUAACAAAAGAGUAUAUUCAUAGAGUUGGAAGAACAGCUAGAGCAGGCAAAAAUGGCAUGGCAAUUACCUUAAUAACUCCACAUGAUAUUAAAUUAUUACACGCAAUUGAAAAUGCUAUUGGUACAAAACUUACAGAAUAUAAAGUUAAUGAUAAAGAAAUAGUUACAAUUUUGACGCAAAUAUCUGUUGCUAAACGAGAAGCGGAAAUGAAAUUAGACGAGAUGGACUUUUAUGGCAAAAAAAUGAUCAAUAAACGCAAGAAACUUAUCCUAGAAGGGAAGGAUCCGGAUGAAAUUGAGGAAAUAUUAGAACAAAAAAAACGUGAUAAAUUAAAGAAAAAACAGAAAACUGAUGAAAAUCUGCAUUAUAGAAAUAAAAUUUAAUUAACUCAAAUUUUAUUAUAUUUAAAAAUAUACAUUGUAUAAUAAGUAACAUAUUUUGAAUAACCAUUUUUGUAAUGGCAUACUAACAUUCAAUGCAUAAAAUACACAUUUUUCUUGUGUACUAUAUAAGUUGCAAUUAGCAUCAUGGUUAAAAAAUAGUUACUGUAGAAAAAAAUAAGUAUUCAUGUACAUAUGAUUGCUAAAGACGGAAUUCAUCAAAUAAGUUUAAAACUAUUAUAAAGUAUGUAGUUCACAAAGUACCUCUUUCUUUUUACUAUACCUGUUUAAAUGAACACUUCUUUGUUUCUUGCUAUGAAAUUGAUUAUGCUUUCAAUAUUAUUGCACAGAAACAUGUGUUUUUACUUACGGAUGGUGAAGUUCACAGCUGACUGGUUAAAAAGUUUCAAUUAAUUAUAAAUAACUUGCUUUGAUUUAUAUAUAAAAAUUUGUAUCAAAAUCUAUUUUAAAGAACUACAUAUUUCAUAAAUACACUGUUUUGAAUAUUUUUUAAGAAUAUAAGUAAUAAGACGUCAUAUGGCACAUUUAAAAUUGUGCCAUUUUCUUUUUAUUUUGCAUCAAAUUUAAUUUAUUCAAAAACGCAUACAGUUCUGCAACAUAUUCUUUUGGGUAUUUACGAUAAUGUUCAACAUGUGGGGAAUUUUCAAAUAUCUUAACAUAAAUCUGAAAAGAAUGUAAAUAUUUCUAUACUAUUCUGUAAUUUA